AUGACUUUUAGAGAAGUUGUUUCUGUAUUAGAAAAACAUACAACAAAUAAAGUUUUACAAUGGUCUACAUUUAAUGGAUUUGAUGUUCUUCUUGAAACGUAUUUAAAAUAUUAUAAUACUUUAGAUAUUUCAGAUCCAUAUAUACAUACUAUAGAUGGUGUAAUUGUUACAUCAGUUCAUCCAAAGAUGAUUAAUUUUUUUAUGAGUUAUGAAGUAAAAAGAACGAAUUUCUUUGAUCCCGAUGAAGUUUUAUCAACAAUAUCAGACCUUGAAUUUUUUUUUGAUAAAUUACGAAAUAAAGUAUUAUUAUUAAAAAAAGAAUUUGAUAUUAAAUUGUUUUGUAAUUUCAUUGAUAAAAUUAUUGAAAGUGAAAAUGUUAUUACUAUUCAAAGAAUAUUAACAUUAUUAUAUUCAUAUGCUGAUCUUUUUAGUAGUCGUACUAGACAAUACUUUUUUUUGGAUUAUCUUCUUGAUAAACAAUUUAACUCAUUAGCAUAUUUUUGGGAAGAAAAUGUUAUUAGUUUAUUUACUCAAUUACUUUUAUUUAAAGGAACUUUUGCAAAAGUUAAAAAUAUUGAAAAUAAUUCUUUAGAUGAAGUUGAAAAAAAAUUAUAUGAAGUUCAAGAAAGUAUUGAUGGAAUAACUCCAUUACAAUUAGAUAUUAAAAUUAUUAAAAAAGUAAGAAGAAGAUUUGAAAAGAUAAGAUUAGAAAAAUUGACACAUUCUCAAAAGAAUUUUAUUAAAUCAAGUAAAAGAUUGUAUGAAUAUUUUACUGAAAUUUAUAAUGAUUGGCAAAAUUCAGGAUCAGGUGUUUUUCCAAAUCUAGUUUUUGUUCAUUCAAUUAAAGAGAAAGAUGAAGUUGAUGUUGGAAAUCUUUUCUGA